AGUCCAUCGGAGAGGGGUGUGCAUAUGCCCUGUGCUCAAAAGUGCUCCCUUCUCAUUCACCUCACUCAGUUUCCUUGCAUUUACAUUCCUGGUGUUGGGAUUUGUUUUGUCGGACUCCACAAUGAGAUUAGCAUUCAGUGUGCUGAUAUUCUGCUUCUCUCUGACCGUAGGGAGAUGUACUGAAGAGAUAAUGCAAGACAGUACACCCCCGCCAGAGGAAGGCUAUUUUUCCGACUGGGGAAUCGGGACCAUCCGCGAUGGCUUUGAUGCAGUGAAUGGCUAUUUAGAUUUUGUCUCAGAGCUGCUCGGAGGGAAGAAUGGAGUCUGUCAAUAUAGAUGCAGAUACGGGAAAGCACCGAUGCCCAGACCAAAUUACAAGUCUGCCGAACCAAAUGGCUGUAGCUCUUAUUUCCUGGGUCUCAAGGUACCAGAAAGUCUGGAUAUGGGCAUCCCAGCCAUGACUAAAUGCUGCAACCAGCUGGAUAUGUGUUAUGACACCUGCGGUGCCAACAAAUACCGCUGUGAUGCCAAGUUCCGCUGGUGUUUGCAAUCCAUCUGCUCUGACCUUAAACGGAGCCUUGGCUUUGUCUCCAAGGUGGAAGCCUGUGAAUCGAUAGCCGACACGGUAUUCAGAACCAUCAGGACUCUGGGUUGCCGUCCAUUCAUGAACAGCCAAAGAAGUGCCUGCAUUUGCAACGAAGAAGAACGAGAUGAAUUGUGAGGUGAGCGCCAGGCUCCCUGACAGUGACAGCUCUGGAUUUGCGUGGCCCUUGGUUAGAAGCUUUGUCUUCUGUCCUCAAACCAGGAGCAAUUUUGACAACAGCAAGGUUCAAGGUGUGGUUGAUUGCUACCAGAAAUGUAUUAAUUGCAGUUUCUGCAGUAAACUAGAUUGAGACUGGAAUGGAAAGUGGGAAGGCACCCUGUCUGUUCUAUUUGAUGGCUUCUACUACCUUCUUAAAGCAAACUGGUCGACUUAAUGCCAACUCUCCACAGAGACUGAGAUCUGCAUGAGCUUUGCAAUCACAACAAAAGAGACAGGCCUUGUGCAUUGACAGAGUUGAUAAUAAUCUCUACAACAAGUACAGCCAGCCCUCGGUUUUCCACAGAUUCUGCAUCCAUGCAUUCUACUAUCCUUGGCUUGAAAGCAAAUUCUAUAAAGCAAACCUUAAUUUUGACAUUUUAAAUAUACCACAAUGGAAUUUGAGCAUCCACAGAUUUUGGUAUCCAUGGGGGAUCUUGGAACCAAACCCUAGCAGUUAUCAAGGGCCCAGACUUCAUGCCCCGUAGACCUUCCAGUUUCACCAGGGACAUAUCUCUGCUUUAGUGUCCACCUGACAUUAAUAGAAAAGCAAUUUGGGAUCACAGGGCUGCUCAACAGCACAUAGAAAGGGAAGUUUGGGGUGAUUUACCUUUUCAGAAAAAAAGGAAGAGAAAGUAAACUCUCUGUAUUAGA